AUGCACGAAACUUUCAACAUACGUCAAACCACGGAGCUCGUUGAACCUGAGCAAAAAACCGACCUCCGUAUUCCCUUUCAGCUCGCUCCACCAAGUUGGCGACUUCGCGGUGAAGCAUGGUGGCUUUUGCUCUCAUUGUUUGGUAAACCAAAAGAUGACGCUGCAGCUCCUAAACCUGGUCAAUACCGAUUUGGUCCGGGUCACUUCGAUCCUGUCGACCAGUCGUCUCGUGAAUUCGCAAAUACUCCUGGUGUCUUUCGAGGUGGAGCGGGCACGGUGCAAAUUGUUCGAUAUUUUUCAAGUCCCGUUGGUCCAUAUGACGAACUCAUGUACAUUCCUGGAAAUUUCAACGUACCAGAGGAACUUGGCGGAGGUUCCAUGCCCCAGAUCACCCGCAUAUAUGUAUCCUCGCUCCAAUCGGUACUGAAUGGCAAAACCAAUUGGAACACCCCCAAAAAUUUGGCACAUUUUGACUUCAUAUCUGAGCCAUCUGGUUCAGUGACUAUCAAAGUUUAUGCCCUCGAAUCCUACACGUUCGCUAGUCCGAAAAAUGGAGCAGAUGCUUGCUUUCAACCAAACUUUGCCUCUAUCCCAUUCUUUUCAACUACCUUUCACUUCUUUGGUCCAGAAAUGUUAAGGGUACCAAUCAAAACCAAUAUGUUGCCUAUUUGUACCAUACUUGCGCAGCCACCUCUUGAAGAAGGGGAUGUGACGUUAGGUUGUGUGGGUACAUCUACUUGGAAGAAAUUUGGCGUUGAUGUUUCUGGUCGAGUUGGAAUUCGUAAAGCUGAAGGAAGCUUAGUAUCCUCGGAUGGAGUCAAAAGAUUUGCAGAUGGCAAAGGGUUUCCGGAUUUUGAACCUUAUCAAAUCGGAUUUCAUUGGAAAGAUGUGAUAAUCGAUAUAGGAAUGCCCAUAGUACUUUCAAAAAUGAAAAGAUAA